CUUUUCUCCAGUGUCAACUCCAAACUAACUUUUAGCAGCAGCGACUUUCAAAAAACGCAUUAACAGGUCCAAGAAAAGACGAGAGAGAGAAGAAGUCGUGAAGCGGAAGCAGACGCACCGCGCACAUUUUUCUCCUUUUCUUAUCACGCGCCGGGCAAAAGCCAAAGACAAGAAGGGAGCUCCGAUCUCAAUCGCCCGAAGGCCAAAACCUUAAUUAUUACACACUAAAUUCACCUUCAAUUCAUGCCUCUUUAUGACUCUCUUCCUAUUUAACUAACAUCUACACAGAAUUCAGUUAAACCAUCACUAAUAUAUUGAACUCAUUGAUUGUUAUUCAAUUCAAGAACAAAGUGAUCGAAAUCCAAAAGUUUGGAGAUGCAGAGGCAGAGUCCACCGAAGCACAGGCACGAUGGAACCUCGCCUUUGCCUUUGGGUAUGGAUUGGAGCCCUCCGCCUCGUGUUUGGGCCGGGAGAGAAACUGUUUGGCCUCAUGAUCCUCGCACAGGAUGGAGUUACUGUGUGACAAUACCUUCCUGGAUUGUACUUGCAAAGACAAGAGAUUCUGAACCUACAGUGUUUUACAGGGUACAAGUCGGCAUACAAUCACCCGAGGGGAUUACAACCACAAGAACUGUGUUGAGAAGAUUUAAUGAUUUCUUGAAGCUGCAUGCUGCUCUUAAACGAUUCUUCCCACGGAAAAGCAUUCCACCAACUCCCCCAAAGGGGCUCUUGCGGAUGAAAACUAGAGUGAUGCUGGAAGCGAGGAGGAGUUCUCUGGAGGAAUGGAUGGCAAAUGUACUAUCAGAUAUUGACUUGUCAAGAAGCAUGGCUGUUGCAUCCUUUCUUGAACUGGAAGCUGCUGCUAGGUCAUCAUUCCAAGAUGAGGGGCAGAACAGUACCGAUUCACAUAUUUCUGUGACCACAGACUCGUCUCUUCAUGUUCAUCCAAAUGCAAGCAUAUCUCUGUUAGCAGGCAGUUCAUCACUGACAUCUGAUUAUGGCAGUGAUACAGCUUAUGAGGCAUCUGAGACUGGUACAAGCCUUGGAAGGGAUAACAACUCUGAAGUUGGGAUGGAGGAUCUUUCAUUUUAUGACGACGUAACAAGCCCAAUAGACAAGUUUAUUAAGUAUGGCAUGUCAAACAUUGAUGAGGGCUUGUCUAUGGGGCAGGCUAUACUAGAGAACCUCGAAAGUUAUCCUAAGCAGCAUCUGCCAGCCAGAGAGAUUCAUAAUAAUUUGGAGCUCAACAUUAGCAAUGGAAGUUCUUUUAAGUCUUCUCAUCACAUCAAAGACACAAUGGAGCAUCUUUCUCAGCCAGACACUGGCACUGUGGUUCGUCAUGUUAGAAAGCUGUCAAAUGAGAGUAUUGAAAGUGACAGGAGUUCUCAACGAGGAAGUGAGUUGUCAAAUCUAUCAUUUCCUAAUUCAAAUGGGCAUGGACUAGUUGACCUAAGAAGUGGCUCUGAGGUCUCAAAAGCCAUUGGAGGUGUUGUAGACUCAGAUUAUCAACUCCCAGAUGAUAUUCACCUGUUGGUCCCAGUAGAUCAGCGCCAGAAGAUGAAUAGAGUGCUUACAACAUUGCAGCGGCGGCUGAUCACUGCCAAAACUGAUAUGGAGGAUCUUAUCUCAAGGUUGAAUCAAGAAAUUGCUGUGAAGGACUACCUUGCAACAAAGAUGACCCAAAUGCAAUGGGAUAUGGAAGAACUUAGGUUGAAGUCAAUGGAACUGGAAUUGAAGUUGAACUCUCAACAGGCCCAGAGGCUGGACAGUCAGUCUACAAAUUCACCAGGCAAUCAACACAAAGAUGUCUUGCAGCAGGAGCUGGAUUCUGCAAAGCGGCGGUUUGAGGAUUUGUUGAAGCAACAUCAGGAGCUGGAAAUGAAGUCUAAAGCUGACAUCAAAGUUCUUGUUAGAGAAGUUAAAUCUUUAAGAAGUUCACAAGCGGAACUAAACCAACAACUUAAUCAGUCGUUCAAAGAAAAAUCUAAAAUGGAGGAACUUCUCCAAGAAGAAAGAGAGAAAAAUGAGCAAACAAGAUCCUCUUGGAGGAAGCUGCUAUAUAAAUGCAAGAUUCUUUACGAUCAGCUUCAGGAGUGCAAUAUUAAUAAUUUAAUGCGCACAAAAGGAGAGGAUCUACUAAAAAAUAUUCCAUCAUUGUUGGAUACGUUUGACGUUACAGGGACAUCUGACGAUCAAAUAGGCCUUCUCAUUGCGGAGGCUGAGCAUUUAGGAGAGGAUGUUGAUACUUGUGCUUCAACGACUGAUAGAGUAGCAGAGUUGGAAGGGCAGGUGAAGUCUGUUGAUGAGGAGUUGAUACAGAUGCUAAAGAGUAUCUUAGUUGAUAAUGGUGUAUUGAGAAAACAGGUGAAGUCUCUUAUUGUUCAUGCUCUUGAGAUGAAGGAAAGAAAUGAGAAAGUGGAUUGUGAGUCUCAUUCAGAUGUAAAUGUAAAAGAUGAGGUUGAAAAUAGCGGUGAAGUUUGAGGAAUGUUGUAAAUUCAGGUAGGCCAUGUACGACUGACUCCCCAUUAUAAUGUGAGAGUUUUUCUUGUACUUGCACAGCUCUUAUCAUGUCAUAUGUAUGCAGUUGAGUAGAACUCUUUAUGGUGA